CACACUGGCUCUCACAAAUAAAAUAAAAUAAAAAAAAAAAAAAACAUUUGCGGUUGUUCCUAUAGAAUUUCCGUAAAAAAUGCGUAAAUAAACCGUUGUCCGGCGUUAACAACUGCGGAAGUGUAUACAGCCAAGGUGCCCGGGACUAGCGACAGAGGAUCUACAGUGCCCCAUACCUCAGAAGCAACAGCAUUCGCAUUUGCAUUUGCGGAGGCGGUUGCGGCGUCAUUUCGUUUGUUCCGCAGCCCGAAGCUGAGGCUGUAAUUGUUCUUUUCAGUUGCACAACAAAACAUACACUCACACACGCACACACACCGCGUUGCGAGCUCAGAAAAAUGAGCAGCCAGGGACACCACAAGAUGCAGGGAUGCAACGGCCUGGCCGGCGGCGGUGGAUCGCAGGGCUCUUCGGGCAAGGCAUCGGGAGGAGCGGAGGGAGAGGGGCUUCCCGACGAGAUCGACCUGGGUGAGCGCUUCUCCGCGGACAUGGCGCGUCUGUGCAUGAACGAGCGUUAUGCGGACGUGGAGUUCGUUGUGGAGGAGCAACGCCUGCCCGCACACCGAGUUGUUCUCGCUGCCCGCAGCGAAUACUUUCGGGCGCUGCUCUACGGCGGCAUGUCGGAGACAACACAGCGACAGAUACCGCUGGAGGUGCCGUUGGAUCCGUUUAAGGUGCUUCUGCGCUACAUCUACUCGGGCACGCUGCUGCUGUCUAACCUAGACGAGGACGCCAUUAUCGAUGUACUGGGCAUGGCCAAUCAAUAUGGUUUCCAGGACCUGGAAAUGGCUAUCUCUAAAUAUCUGCGCCAGUAUUUGGACCUCAACAACGUCUGCAUGAUCCUGGACGCCGCUCGACUCUAUAACCUGGAAGAGCUGACGCAGGUCUGCCUCAUGUUCAUGGACCGUAAUGCGGCGGAGCUGCUGCAGCAUGACUCUUUCAAAAUGCUGUCUAAGGAAUCGCUCGAGGAGGUGCUGCGACGCGACUGCUUCUUCGCUCAGGAAGUACAAAUCUUCCUGGCCGUGUGGAAGUGGAGCCGGUACAACCCCAAUGUAGACAUCAAGUCGGUGGUUAGCUUUGUGCGCCUGCCGCUCAUGAACUUAGAGCAUUUGCUACAGGUGGUGCGACCCUCGGGCAUCCUGGAACCGGACAAAAUUCUGGAUGCCAUCGGCGAGCGCAGCACCUCGAAAACUCUGCCUUAUAGGGCGGCCCUGUGGCCAGAGGAGAACGUGGCCACCGCCAAGUACAUGUCGCGUUGCAUUCAGGGUGAGUGCCGCAGCGCCCUGUUGGACGGCGACGUCACCUCCUACGAUAUGGAGCACGGCUAUACGCGGCACUGCAUCACAGAUGCCAAUGACGCCGGCAUUGUGGUCGAGCUGGGCACCCUAUGCAUGAUUAAUCACAUCCGCAUGCUGCUUUGGGACAGCGAUAGCAGGGCGUACUCCUACUUUGUGGAGGUAUCUGGCGACCAGCAGCACUGGGACCGUGUGGUAGACUACAGCGAGUACCAUUGCCGCUCCUGGCAAUAUCUUUACUUUGCUGCGCGUCCUGUGCGCUUUAUCCGCCUCGUGGGCACACAGAACACGGUGAACAGGGUAUUCCAUGUGGUGGGUCUGGAGGCCAUGCAUACGGCUAAGGUGCCGCGCCUGAUCGAUCAUUUUGUGGCCCCCAAGGCAAAUGUGGCCACCAUCGAAAUGAGCGCCAUUGUGACAGACGGCGUUAGCCGCACCCGGAAUGCCCUGAUCAACGGCGACUAUGUGCGCUACGAUUGGGACUCGGGUUAUACAUGCCACCAGCUGGGCAGCGGCGAGAUUGUGGUCCGCCUGGGCCAGCCCUACCAUGUUGGUUCGAUGCGGUUGCUGCUGUGGGACUGUGACGAUCGCACAUACAGCUUUUAUAUUGAGACUUCGACAAACCGCAAGGACUGGCAAAUGGUGGUGGAUCGACGCAACGACAAGGCACGCUCUUGGCAGAAUUUUCACUUUACACCACGUCCCGUUGUCUUUAUCCGCAUCGUGGGCACGCGCAACACGGCGAAUGAGAUCUUCCAUUGUGUCCACCUCGAAUGCCCCACGCAGGACAAGGGCUAUUUAAAGAAGAUUUCGGAGAUGGAAAAGGAGCUAGAGAAGACCAAGGAUAAGGAACGCGAUGGGGAGAAGGCGGGAAAGCACAUGGAUGACAACAUUGCCUCUACUUCGGCCUCAUCUAUGCUUGCCCUAGCAGCUAGCGCUGCUUCCUCAUCAUCUGCCGCUUCUACCAGCAGCCAAAACGGAAUUCUCAAGUCCACUCACUGGCCGCCACAGACAACGCAGUCUCCCAAGCCAACCAAGCCAAAUCCUAAUCCGACCAAGGACAAAGCAUCAGCAGUCGAAGUGACUGGCUUGCCACCGCCACCAUCGCUACCAACACCGCUAAGUCCUGCCGUAUCCCCGCCAUCACCGCAAGCGAGGGAGAGUCCCAGCCCUGGCUCCAGCUCCAGUCCAAAUAUCAGCCCCAGCCCGAGCCCGAGCCAAAGCGGUAGCCGAAGCCGCAGCCAAAGCGCCGAGGUCGAACCAAUGCCGCCCUUGGUGGAGCUGGUGGACACCAAAGAGACGCGCUAAGACGGACAACGAUGCUAUUUUAUACUUGGUCCCUUUUUGAAAUACUCCUGUGGUUAAACCGGAAGAGUGCUAAGCGUGUAUCCUCUUGUUGUCCUUAUUUGUAGGCUGCACACCCAAACACACACACUCCGCGUGCUGUACUUGUUAUCUAGUCCUUCCCAGUGUCCCGAAACAUUCGCAUUGCUAAUUGUUUACCUUACUAUGCCUACCUUAAAUUUUUCAUAAUUA